UUCAAGUCCAGGCAGGAAACACACCGUGGAGGACCAGACCUGAGGAGGACCAGGAGCAGUGAGGGCGAGGAUUUCCUUUGUGUUCAAGAACCUCAGUGUGGAGUUAUUUUAAGCUGGACUGGUGUGAACUGAAUGAAGACGGCGACUCCCCCCCCAAGACCUGGACAUCACUGAAGAAUUAAGUGGAUUGAAGAAGAGCAGAGACCGGAGUCAGCCAGGGAGGGAAGACAGAAGGGAUUAGGGGCUAAUCCAGUGCGCGGACAAUCCUGUUGGGGCUUUAUCGUUCUUCCAAGACGAUGCAGACAAACCAGUAGGUGGAUUACUGCGCUCUGCCCCGUUUUGCCUUUUUCCAGAGUGUGUGGCCCUUCGUGUUGGUUUUGCUCUUCGCCGCCUCUCAAAGGACGACGCUGCAGAGGAGAGUGAGCAAAGGAGCAGCGGGACCCCUCUGGGGACAGGAUGUCCUGUGGACAGCGUGGUGCCACACAUGGAUAAGCCUUUUUAGUGGGAGACGUUGUGUGGCAGUGGACGCCGCCCCCCCCUCCUCCCCCCCACCAUUGUUUUUCUGACUGGACACUAAGGAAGACAAGAGCAGGGCAGCUCCAUCGCUCGCUGAAGAACUCCCAAACAGCUGAUUGCACUCAGAAAGCGGACACCCUGCAGUCACAUUCACAUGUGCUGCCGUUGGAUCAAAGGAAGUUACUCAAGACUUCAGGGACCGACAGCAAGGCGGCAGCGGGCCUCACACAGGAUUUUGACUGUCAUGUGAUCAAAGUUCAGACUCUUUCGUUCAUCUUAAAGGGACAUUACACAACUUUUUCUUCCACAAUGAGUCUGGGAAAGCUGCCAGGGAUUAAAGGCCUUGUGUCCAGCUCUCAGGGGAAGCGUCGCUUCAAGAGCGACCUCUCCGUGGACAUGAUCAGCCCGCCGCUGGGGGACUUCCGCCACACGAUGCACGUGGGCCGCGGCGGGGACGUGUUCGGCGACACUUCCUUCCUCAGCAACUACGGAGGCCCCCGGGAGCCCGGGAGCCCCGACUCGGCCACCAGCUCCAAGACCACCGGCUUCUUCACCCGCACCUUUCGCCACGUGCGGAAGAACUCCGGGCCCCGGCCCCGGGCCGGCUCCCGUGACCUGUCGUCCCCGCCGCCUGACAUCUCGCCCAUCAUCAAGAACGCCAUCUCCUUACCCCAGCUGAACGUGGACUCUCCCAACGGGUGCCUGCAGAGGGUGCUCUUCCCCAGCUCCCUCAGCUCCACUGAUGAUUCCUUCUGCACAUAUGGCCUGCAGUCUGGAUUUGUCACUCUUCCCCGCCUGUCUCGCCUCGACAGACAGUUCCACGACGGGGAUGUGAGGAAAAGCUCGCUGCCGGACGGCGGCGGCGGCGGUUUCACUCUGACCCGCUCGGACUCCCUCGCCUCCUUCACCGUCGACCUCGGCCCUUCGCUCAUGACCGAGGUGUUUAGUUUAAUCGACAACCCCAGCUGCCUUAACGCACCGGGUCAGCGCCCGGCGGGAGAGGAGGAGCAGGAGCAGGAGGAGGACAUGGAUGAAGACAGCUCUCUCACGGAGACGCCGGUGCCGACGCCCUCUGGGAGUUCGCCCGACCCCUCCCUGGGCUGCGGUUCGUUCAGGCGUCACAUCAACAGCAUUGGACGCUCCUGUCGGUCGAACUGGACGCAGCAGCAGGAGGAGAAGAGCUCUGUAAGGACACCUGACGCGUCCGCUGCGUCUCCCCAGAGGGCGGAGGCUGCGAUGGAGGCGGAGCGCUUCCAGAGGGCAGCCGACGUGCUGUCCCGGCACUACGGCGGCGGCUCCUUCUCCAAGGGGUCCAGGAUGGGCAGCGUCAGCAGCAGCAGCAGCGGCGCCUCUCCGGCUUUCUCCCAAAGCCACAAAACACAGUUUGCCUUCAGCGAGGAGGAAGAGGAGAUCAAAGUCUGACCUGGGCUCCUGAAACUUUCUUCAUAUUCAUCUUGUUACUGAUGAACUGCAGGACACUGGUCUGCACAGUGAAAGACGUUCGGUUCGACUCUGCACCUCCUUCUUCUCACUUUUCUCCUCUGCUGUUGUGACCCAGUAUUUAUGCAAUUAUUUGCAUGACGUAUCACUACACCUAACUCCAUGUAAUCAUCCUUUGCAGCAAUAAAAUGUUAUUUAACAUGCUUAGAUUUAAUGGUCCAUGAGGUUCAAGUGAACCACUGCUUUUUGAGGAAUGUGGAAAGUAUUUUCAUAUUAUUGCUUGACUACACACAUUGUACAUAAUUUAGGAAACCACAUACUUAUUUUUACAACUCUAAUGUUCAUGUGACUGCCUCUUGUAAGUUGUGUAAUAUCGACUGAUUUUGUAUUAGACUUUCUUCAAGAUAAUAAUGGGCUGGUGUAAUAAAAGACCAUA